UUGCGAACACGACAUAUUUACUUUGUUUUCUUAAUGUGUUAGUGUUUUUCAAAGGAAAAGACAAUGAAACCUGUCCGUAUAAAAGCCGCCUUAAAAACUUACUAUAAAAAGCUUUCAACUUCACACUUUUCCCUCUCUUCGUCCACAAAAACUUCAAACACCUCCAACAACCUUCUACAACAAAAACAACAAAAAAUGUUCUUCCGUCGCUCAUCUACAGGAUCAAUCUACAACAAAAUCUUCUGUCUCUUUGUUGUGGUUCUUCUACUUGGCACUCUGUUUGUUGCCGACGCCACUUCGCCCAAAAAGCCGAAAGAGAAGGAUAAAGAUAAAGAAGGCAAAGGGAAGGGAGAAGACGGUAAAGACAAGGACAAAGGCGACAAGAAGACGACUGAUGAGGGCAAGACUACUAAACCAGAAACGAAGGUUGAGGAAGACUGUCCGCUUGGCACUUCAAUCAUCAUUGUGUUGGUUGUUCUUGGUUUUAUUGCUCUUUUGAUGACAAUCCUCGCCAUUGUCUUCAUUUGUCUCUUCUUCACUCUCAAAUCCAAAAUGGAAAAGAUGGAGGUUGAUGCAAAAGCGGCGCUGAAAUGGGCGGAGAUGGAUAAGGACUAUUCAAAGUUGGAGCUGGGAUCGGCAUAUCAUACGAGUAAAAAGAAAGGAGGGAAGAAAUGA